GCAGGUCAUUUUAGUUCAUUUUCACAUAUACAUUUACAUUUUGGCAGACGCUCUUAUACAGAGUGACUUGCAGUCAGUGCAUUCAACUAAGGGAAAUGAACAAGUAUGUAAAACAAGCAUGUAAAACAUUUCUGUAGUCAUUACUGAGAAGGUUGUUGCUGUUCAGACCGGCUACUUACAAAUAUAUUUCUGUAUUUUAAAAUACAAAAUACAUGUAUAUAACUAAAUACAUUUAAAAAUACAAGUAUUUUGUGGUUCCAUUUGAUACGUUGAUCUUUAUGGUAUUUUGUCAUUUUAUUUUGUCAUUGUAUUUGGUCAUUUUUGCCCAUUUCCGAUUCACCCCAGGCAUAAGCCUAAAUACCCAAUUGCUCUCCCGGAGGAGGGUUGGCCAAUGUGCAGUCGCAAAGUCUGCCAUAUGUCUUACAACAAUCUGAUACUUUUAAAUCCCUGUGGGGGAGUGAGUGAGUACAGGUUUCCGGGCGAAAGGGGAGAAUGUGAAUUGGGCUACAAGUCUGGACUGUUGAGAUGUAAACUAGGUAGACAGACUGUGCAGUUGAAGGACAUGUUUGUCAGCCUAAUCUAUACAAAAGGAUACGUUUGACAAAUAACAUUGCAGCUGCAGAUGAGAGUCUGCAUUUUAUACUGUCAAAGCAUCCUUAACAUCUGAUCCAAGACACCUGUGUGUCCUUUGUGCCAGUGGGUGUUUAUAUCACAGUAAUAUCACAUUAUAAGCAGUACCCAGUAUGCUGUUUAUACCUCAGUAAUAGCAGGCUAUAGGUCCCAGAGAGAGACAUUGGAACACACUGAGUGAGUUAACAUAACUCAUGGAGCAGAGGAUUGUGGGAAACAUAGUUACCUAGGAAACUGAGAGAUCCUACACAUGCCACUGUCCCAAAAUACUGUCUGGGACCAAACUGCAGUAGCCUAGGUUAUUCUAUCUUUCUAGGUCAGGAUUUGUAUAGUGGUACAUUAGGCUACAGACAAAUUUACAGUAGGGUAUAUUAAUUUGGGCAUUAUGCAGGGCCUACAGACAUACAGGCCUAGGGCUUGACCACAUUGCUCAAUUAUGUUUAUCAAAAGUAUUCAAAUGAUCAAUUUAUAAUAAGGCCUAUGGGCUAGCAGGUCAUUAUAAAUCGAUGACAGAUGUUUGUUCGACAUUUCAGAUGGCCACAUGACCGUUAAACCAGUGGGAUGUUACGUCACUACUCACUACUGUAUAGUUUAGUAGCGUCAUAUGUGGACCUUACGUUUUUCUGUGCUAUCACGCCCCCUCCGACGCGCUCAAUUAUUCUCUUCUGGCUGGCCACAGAGAGGAAGAUGCGAAGCGAGAGUGUUUACUCCGCCCAAAAUCAGUCCAUGAAAGUAAGUGAGAAAUGUUUGUAUGGCUGUGUGUGAAAUUUGGUCAACAGAAAAUUUAAUUGGUAAUUUGCUACAUGAGGCUUAUUUGGUCUAAUAUACGUUUUUCUAAUGGUUAGGUUGUUGUUACAAAUGCACUGAUAUAAGUGGACACACGUGGCAUUAAGGCAACUUUGAAAAUAAAAACACUUUAUCACAGAGUUUCAAAACCCAGACGCGGAAUGCAUGCGAAACAGAUCAAGAAGACCAGGCUGGGGUUUGAGAAGUCAAUGACAGAAGUGAAAAUGUUUCUUUAGUUGUUCAUUUUCUAAAGAAAUCUAAAGGCACAACCUAGAAUCAAGCCAAUGUCUUAAGUAACUGAACAUGUUAUUACUCCAACCUUGUGAAAGUGGCAAACUGAAACAUUUGAAUUUUCAUCAAAAACUCUAUAUCGAAGGAGUGCCUUUGAUUUGCACAUGUCCAGUUCAGUGUGAAACGAUCAAUUGACCAAAUGACAUAUUUCUGAGUUUAGCUAGCCAACGUCACCACGACAUUACCUGCAAGCAUGAUCUGACAUUUCUAUUGGAGAAGCAGUUUCUUCCGAUCUUCAUACUUGCAGGCUUACUGUCUUUCACUUUUGUCUAAACCCCCUCUCGUUGGCUAGAAUGGUCCCACCUGAUCUUGCCUCCUCCCACCUGUCUUCCAUCUUUGAGGACAUGUAUUUCCAUGGUUAAAGCGGUCACUCGACUAUCUUAUCAAUAUAAUAGAACAUCUUUGCUGUGGAUCAGGCGCUGUCAGGUGCAAAGCUGCUAAUGACACUGCCGCAGCUCCGUUAAAAGUACAGCAUGUGCCACGAACGAAGAACAAGAGCUGCUUUCUGAUUCUCUCCGAGGAGAGAGAGAUCAACCAUGGCCAGCUGGCGGAGAGAGAGCCCGCGGAUCCGGGCAGGACAGGGAGGUAGCAGCCUGAGAGCAGCGAGGAAGCCCCGGCAGAAAGAUCCAUCCAGCGAGGUAGGGGACGCGGGCGAAUCAAUGACAGAGCUGCCACAAUGGUUACGGCUUUAUUUCUAUGGAAUGCACGGUGUCACUUUGGAUAUUCUCCUGUCGUCCGCACAGGGGCUUUUGGCUGACAGCGACCCCAAACUGUUCGGCUUUUCCUCCCCGUACCUCUGCAUCAUGCACUCGCUGACCCAUUUCUUGCUGGAAAAAAUAUAUUCGCAAAAGAAGUGCUUUCAAGGACGCCCAGUAGUUUUUCACCUUGUUUUCUAUCCCUCUGUGUACAUCGGGUUGCAGAUCCUGAUUGGGAAUAUUAACACGCUGACCGAGCACGUUAGAAUAGUCUCUGCCACUCAUCUCGUAGUUCACUACUUACUGGCCCUGUACUUCACCCAAGUUUUCCACAAGGGGCUUGCGCGGCUGCGCUACCACUGCCCCGGGAAACGGACCAUGUCUACCCCGGCAGAGCGCACCCUGGAGUCGCUGCCUAAUAACGGUCUGCCCGAUGUUGUACGAUUCCUCUUCUUUGGAAUGCACGGCUUUCUGGACGAGAUCAUUUUUACCUCGAUAUUCAACCUUGUGGAGAAUUUGGACCGGACCAUGAGCGGCCACACGUCCCUGUGGUCCUUCCUGAUGUACGGGAGCUGCAGCUUCGUGGUAGAGAAACUCUACCUUCAUUUACGCUUCAGACGCGGUUGGAGCACCUGGAGGCGGCUCCCCAUCUAUAUCUGCUUCAUCUACACCUGGGAGUUCUGUUGGGGGCUGGCGCUGCGGCAGUACGGCGCAUGCUCAUGGGAUUAUUCCCACUAUCCAUUCAACUUCAUGGGCCUGAUCACGCUCCUCUACCUGCCCGGAUGGGUCUGCAUCAGUCUCUACCAGGAUAUUCUGUCCAACGUUCUGCUGCGCGUGGUUGUGUGUGCCAAAGACGAGGAGUGAGGGCACUCAGGGCAGGGCGCUGACAUCAACGUAUGUCCUGUGUCCAGGAAAGACAAGUGUAUUAUAGGCCUAGGCCACAAUUGAUUUAGGGACUAUUGAUACUAAUACAAAUAAAGAAGAUGACAUUUAAGAUGAUCAAUUGUGUACCCGCACUUUGUAAAAAAUCAUGUGUAUUUCCCCAGUGGAAAUGUGGUAUUGAUGUAGCUGUUUAGACAGCCUCUUUUUAUCAGUGAUUCUAACGAAUAGCCUAUUCAUUUGUUACAGGUAGCCUAAACACACACACAGGCAUGCCUUGCCUGGCAUGUGACGACACAUAGACAUGCCUUCUGCUGUGAUGACAACUGCUAUUUCUUACUUUGAUGCAGAUGAAACAAUAAUAUUUAACAUUUUACACUUCAUUUGCUUGCUCAUGAUUUUAGAGCUGUGAAUUAUUUAAACUUUAUUGACAAAGUCAGCCAUAUUGCAUGGCAGGCACCAUUUGACUUGUUUGGUCUCUUCAAUCCCAGAGGUUGCUUUGAGCUCAUUUCUGCAUGGCUGCAUAUGCACAUUCAUGAUCACUUAAUUGCUUAAAUCUUAUUUUCUUCAAAAAAUGCAUGACAUUUGGAAAUAAAAUGGGUUCUAAAAAAGUUCAAAAUGUAUGUAGCAGGAGAUAGAACGAACGGGUCGUGGACCGAAUGAAUUUCACUGUGAAUAGUUUUCUGAACCAAACCUUAACCUUACUGUGUUGGAGUGCCUUUCUGAGCAAACCUACAGACAGCUGGACUAAAGACAAACUGAACUACACUGUGGGCAAGUUUCCCCCCUAGUCAUGGCUGACCUAAAAAAGGAAGCUCAAUGGGGAAUUGAAAGUGCUUUUUAGUCUACCACUAUAGGCUUAAUCUGGCACAAUGUGUGCCAGUCAGACAGACCAUGAGGAUCAGAUUUAACCUUCUCCCUUCAUUACAUAGGGACAUCUCCCAAACUGAACUACACUGUGGGCCAAGGUUCCCCCCUAAUCCUGGCUGAACUAAAAAAAACAAAGCUCAAUAGGGAAUCUCCAGCCCCAGGCUUGUUUACCUCACGUUUAUAAAGCAGCGGCGCACGCGUCAGCGUUUUAUGGUUUACACUCGACAGGUUGAUCUGGAGUGGGCAAUAUCAGGAGUCAGCAGACCUGGGUUCAAAUACUACUUGAAAUCUUUCAAGCACUUUCACUGUUUGUUUUCACCUGCCUGGAGUGCCAGAUGGAUGGGUUUUGGGGUUUGAAUGUUUGUGACUAUUGAAUUGGUUCCACACCAGGAAAGCUCAAGCAAGCCUAGCAAAAGUAUUUGAAAUGAUUUCAAAAUAGUAUUUGAAUCCAGGUCUGGGAGUCAGGUGUGGAGCAUGUAUAGUAUAAUUACUUGGGAUCAACCUCCAUGUGUUCUUUGGCAUUGAUCUUUCUGCCUGUUUUAUUUCCUUGUUUGCACUUGUACCACACGGUAAAGUCUCCAUGUUCUCUCUGAGGGACCAAACACAUACAGUAUGUGUGAAUACCUGGCACUGUGACUUCACUAGCAACCUGUUUCAACAUUAUACUCUUUCCGUUUUAUACUCUCUCCGUUUGGAAACGUAUAGUUUUAGCUCUACUGAUUUUAUGAUUCUCGAGCAUGUUUCUAAUGCAUUUUACUGCCUGCUGUCGUCAGUCCUGGGGAUUCCGUGAAACUAAGGUUGGAGGUAACUGAAAGCUGGUACUGAUGAGUAAUACUAGUGCAGGGAGAAAUAUCUUAUAACAUGAUGUUAUUGAAAUAUUUCAACUUUUACACAUGUUGAUUUUUGUCAGAUGAUUAUGAAUAUGUCAUGCCGUGAGAGUUUCCCUUGCCUCCGCAAACAAACAAUACCUUCCAAUCUUCUGGAGACUGACACUGGACUGAUUGAAAUAACAAGAUUAUUUUCCUUGUGGUUUGUCAUUUCAAAAUGGUGGGCUUUUGUUGUGGACGAUGCAAAAGAAGGAUACACAUGGGCCAACAGUUACUGCCUCAGUGAUGAUGAAUAGGACCAGAAGUUUCUUUCCUGGUUACAGUGCCUUGCAAAAGUAUUCACCCCCCAUGGCAUUUUUCCUAUUUUGUUGCAUUACAACCUGUUAUUUAAAUGAAUUUUUAUUUGGAUUUCAUGUAAUGGACAUACACAAAAUAGUCAAAAUUGGUGAAGUGAAAUGAAAAAAAUUACUUGUUAAAAAAAACAAAGGUGGUGUGUGCAUAUGUAUUCACCCCCUUCGCUAUGAAGCCCCUAAAUAAGAUCUGGUGCAACCAAUUACCUUCAGAAGUCACAUAAUUAGUUAAAUAAAGUCCACCUGUGUGCAAUCUGUCACAUGAUCUGUUACAUCAUCUCAGUAUAUAUACACCUGUUCUGAAAGGCCCCAGAGUCUGCAACACCACCAAGCAAGCGGCACCAUGAAGACCAAGGAGCUGUCCAAACAGGUCAGGGAAAAAGUUUUGGAUAAGUACAGAUCAGUGUUGGGUUUUAAAUAAAUAUCUGAAACUUUGAACAUCCCAGGGAGAACUAUUAAAUAUAUUAUUAAUAAAAUGGAAAGAAUAUGGCACCACAACAAACCUGCCAAGAGACGGCUGCCCACCAAAGCUCACAGACCAGACAAGAAGGGCAUUAGUCAGAGAGGCAACAAAGAGAUCAAAGAGAACCCUGAAGGAGCAGCAAAGCUCCACAGUGGAGAUUGAAGUAUCCGUCCAUCGGAUCACUUUAAGCCGUACAUUUCACAGAGCUGGGCUUUACGGAAGAGUGGCCAGAAAAAAAGCCAUUGCUUGAAGAAAAAAAUAAGCAAACACGUUUGGUGUUUGCCAAAAGGCAUGUGGGAGACUCCCCAAACACAUGGAAGAAGGUACUCUUGUCAGAUAAGACUUAAAAUUUAGCUUUUUGGCCAUCAAGGAAAACGCUAUGUCUGGUGCAAGCCCAACACCUCUCAUCACCCAGAGAACACUAUCCCCACAGUGAAGCAUGAUGGUGGAAGCAUUAUGCUGUGGGGGUGUUUUUCAUCGGCAGUGACUGGGAAACUGGUCAGAAUUUAAGGAAUGAUGGAUGGCGCUAAAUACAGGGAAAUUCUUGAGGGGAACCUGUUUCAGUCUUCCAGAGAUUUGAGACUGGGACAGAGGUUCACCUUCCAGCAGGACAAUGACCCUAAGCAUAAUGCUAAAGCAAUACUCAAGUGGUUUAAGGGGAAACGACCCUAAGCAUAACGCUAAAGCAACACUCAAGUUGUUUAAGGGGAAACAUUUAAAUGUAUUGGAAUGGCCUAGUCAAAGCCCAGACCUCAAUCCAAUUGAGAAAUUUGUUGUAUGACUUAAAGAUUGCUGUACACCAGCGGAACCCAUCCAACUUGAAGGAGCUGGAGCAGUUUUGCCUUGAAGAAUGGGCAAAAAUCCCAGUGGCUAUAUGUGCCAAGCUUAUAGAGACAUACCCCAAGAGACUUGCAGCUGUAAUUGCUGCAAAUGGUGCCUCUACCAAAUAUUGACUCUGGGGGGGUGAAUAGUUAUGCACGCUCAAGUUUUUUUUUCUCCGUUUUUUUGGUCUUAUUUCUUGUUUGUUUCACAAUAAAAAAAUAUUUUGCAUCUUCAAAGUAGUAGGCAUGUUGUAUAAAUCAAAUGAUACAACCCCUCCAAAAAUCGAUUCCAGGUUGUAAGGCAACAGAAAAGGAAAAAUGCCUAGGGGGUGAAUACUUUCACAAGCCACUGUAUGUGGUUGGGGAGAACCUUCUGUCCCUGGUAAAGUUGUGAUCUUAAUCAUUUUUCUUUAAAAAAUUGAUGUUUGGAAAUCAUUGACCAACUGUAUUUAAUAAUACAGAACAAUCAUGUACUAUAUAGCUCACAAUGAGUAAGUAAAAUCAUGUUUAUUUUAGGUUAUAAAUGAGGAAAGACUCAAAUAUUCUUGCUAUAGUAUGUCCAUGGUGGAAUUGAAUCAAUCACUGUAUGGAUAUAGUGUAGCCUGCAUACUGUACAUUACUUAUAACUACAUUAAAUCUCCAUGUUGAACCACUAA